UCAGAAUUUGAAACAUUUGCCGUUUUUCAUUCCAAGGAUCAACAUAUCAUAUCCAUAUUAUUGAUUGAUUGAAAUUGCUAACAAAAGCCUAUUUUCUGUGUUGUACAAACACUACAUCACUUUUUUUCUGGAAUCAAUAUUAUAAACGGUGAAUUGCAAUUCAGUUCGAUUUGAAUCAUAUCGUCGGUCGGCCGCUAUAUUGGAUGCAUUCGAUUUAAUUUAAUUAGUUCAAAGAAAGAAAAAAUGUUCUCAACAAAAUACGACGAAGAAACAAAAGUGUGGAGGGGUCAUGAUGAAGUGCCGAUGUACAAUCCAAAGGUUUCACUGGCUCAAGUACUUCUUACCACAAUGAAAAACAUGGGACAGAAAGUGGCCCAAAUAAGCGACGAUAAUGGCGUUGAAUUGACUUUUGAGGAGAUACGCCUCAAAACAAUUCGAGGCGCUCAAAAUCUUCAAAACCUUGGUUAUGAGCCGAAACAAGUGUUUUCAUUGAUGGCAAAAAAUUCACAUCAUGUCGCACCGAUUGUAUUUGCAUCGAUAAGUAUUGGUUGUUCAGUUAAUACUCUUGAUCCGACAUUCGGUAAAAUUGAACUAAUUCAUAUGCUGAAUACCACCAAACCGUGCCUAGUGUUUUGUGACGACGAUAAUUAUGAUUUGGUGAGUGAAUGUUUGACGGAAUUGAAAAACGACGCAAAAGUCUUCACAUUUGGUAAUGACACCAAAGAUGGAGCAGAAUCAGUCGACAGUCUUUUUUCGGAGACAAAUAUCGAGGAUGAUUUUAUCCCCGUUCGAGUUGAUGGUGAAACCGAAGCGGCAACGAUAAUUUGCUCUUCUGGUACGACCGGCCUGUCCAAAGGAGUUUGUCAGUCGCAUGCAGCGCUACUUGAUUCAAUCAACAUGUUCGGUUUGUCGAAUAUCAGUGAUAUCAUGCUAUGUUUCAGUUCGUUAUACUGGCUGAGCGGUUUAAUGGUUUUAUUGAAAGGUACAAUUUGCGGUGCAACGCGUAUCAUUACCACCGAACCUUAUUCACCCGAAUUGCAGCUUCGUUUAAUGGAAAAAUAUAAAGUGACGUAUGCAAUGAAUGCACCGCAUCAUUUAACAUUGAUGAUGAAAAAUGAGCAAUUUACUAAUACGGAUUUAUCAACGUUGAAGUAUCAAUUUGUUGGCGGAAGCAAAUGUCCACUCCAUGUUAAAACUGAAAUGAAUUCGUAUUUACCGAAUGGAAAAGUGUAUUCUGGUUAUGGUAUGAGCGAAGUGUCUGGCGUAAUAUCAUGUGAUUUCCCAGGGUCAAUCGAAAAAGAUUGCGUUGGCAAAUUGAGUAAUGGAUAUGAAGUGAAGAUAAUCGAUGAUCAGGGUGAAAAAUGUGAACCAAAUGUUGAUGGUGAAAUUUGUUUGAAAACCAAUUACAAAUUUCUUGGAUAUUAUGCCAAUGACAAAGCAACGGAAGAAUUAUUCGACGAUGAUGGCUAUAUGAUGACAGGAGACAUUGGCCAUUUCGAUGACGACGGAGAUUUAUUCAUUGUUGAUCGAAAGAAGGAUCUUUUGAAAUUUUGCAACAUGCAAAUUUCACCGUCACAAGUUGAAAGUUAUAUUAUUGAAUCGCCGGAGAUAAAAUCGGUAUGUGUCAUUGGCAUACCAGAUGACGAAAAUGGUGAUUUGCCAGCAGCAGUUGUUGUUAGAGCAGACGGAUCUGAUGUGAGCGGAGAAGAUAUUUAUAAUAUGGUUGCAGAACAUUUUUCCGAUCACUUCAAACUUCGCGGUGGAGUUUAUUUCGUUGAUUCGUUGCCGACAACACCUUCGGGCAAAGUAUUAAGAAGAAAAGUGAAAGAAAGUACAAUUGAGUUGUACAACAUACAUAAAGAAUAGUUUUUUUUUCACCAAAUUUGUUUGAUGGAAAAUCAAAAUAAAUCAAAUUCGCAUGAAAACGCACAUUCACUCUUAAAUAUAUAUUCGAAUUUAUACAAAAGUUCAUACUUUGAAUUUAUCGUACGUUAGAAGAACUUUUAAUUUAAU